AGGCUGUCCAUGUUUCUACAGCUGUUGGCCAAUAAGUUCCUUGCCUUCUGUCCUGAGCCCUGGUUUUUCAGUUCUUCCUUUAUGUGUCUUUCCACAUAAAAGAAGCAAAGUUUUUUUUUGUUUAAGCAAAGCAAAUGAGACAAGGCGGGGGUGGGGAAGAGAAAGAAAGAAACAAUUGAAGACAAUAAUGAAUUCAGGAUUGAACACAUUGAGUUCAUGGGUCCUUAAGACAUUCGGGUAGAGAUGUCUAAUUAGCCAUUGAAAAUUUGGGAUUGAACUUAGUAGACAGAUAAGCAUUGGCAGCACAGAUUUAAGAGGUAUGAGAGUGUUAGCCAAGGAACGUGAGCCAAGAGAGAACAGAGUCAAGGAGGGGGAUUGUGGGAAACUCCACUAUCUGAGGAUGGGGGUAGGAAUGUCAGGCACUGCUAUUUGCCCAUCAUGGCUGUGUCUUGUGAGGCCUGCCGUACUCAGUCCUUCUGAGACCUUGAAGAGAAUUUCUUGUGCACACCUACACAAGAAGUGGGCAUUGUCACAUGGUUGCAAUGUGACUGCACAUGUAUAAUGCCUAGUAAUUAUCAUGCAACAUACAGACAGUACAGCCAAGUGGCUGAAUGGGAAACUGUACCCAGGACAAGAUGUUAGAUACAGAUAAUGUGGACUGUGACAGGAGCUUCGGCACUCAUGUAAUGUAUAAUGGCAUAUGAGUUUCUUGGUGACCUCUUCUGCUAUCACUGUAACAGCCCACAUUUCAUGAUGAAGAGUUGAGGCCCUCGAGAAACAGAAGAGGAGAACGCUUGACGAUUUCCUCUGAAAUCUCGUCUGCAGCACUUACCAUCUGUGAUACAGCACACCUGCCCAUUAACAGAAGGCCCCAGGUGGAACAGAACAUUCACAACAUCCUUCUGCCAAAAUAUGCCCUAUAAAUCAGAGCUCACAAACCGACGCACAUCAAAAGCAGUGGUUCUUAAUUUUAACUGCACAUUGAAAUCACCUGAGACAUUAAAAAAAUAAUAAUACUGAGUUGGGCAUGGUGGCUCACGCCUGUAUUCCCAACAUUUUGGGAGGCCGAGGCAGGGAGCUCACUUGAGGUCAGGAGUUCGAGGCCAGCCUGGCCAAAAUGGUGAAACCCCGUCUCUACUAAAAAUACAAAAGUUAGCCAGGUGUGGUGGCAGACACCUGUAAUCUCAGCUACUUAGGAGAGUGAGGCAGGAGAAUCACUUGAACCCGGGAGCCGGAGGUUGCAAGUGAGCCAAGAUUGCCCCACUGCACUCCAGCCUGGGUGACAGAGCAAGACUCUGUCUUAAAAAAAAAAAAAAAAAUACUGAUGACUGAAUCUGCCUCCAGAGAUUGACUUAACUGCCCAGGCAUGUGACUUGAAUGUUGGGACUUUUAAAAGCUCCCCAGGUGAUUCUAAUGCACAGCCGAGUUUUAGAACCACCGGAUGAGCCCAUGAACACAUUUUGUUUAACCCCAAUAUAGAGGCCUAAACAGAGUAUUUUAAAUUUUAAUAAUUAUUUUCUCAAUGUAAAGAGCAGUCAGUUUCAUAUACCCCAGAUCAUCCAGAUUUCAGUCUCCUGUUGUAAUAUUUGUGCACAGUAGGCCUACGUUUCCACAGGACACCAUUCAGCUAUGCUGAGUUGCGAUUGCACUUUACGUAAGCGUUUUCUCUGCACUUCACAGCCCUUCCUGCCCUCCCAACUAUCACCACCGCACAGAGCUAAUGACAGUUGCUGCUUAUCAUCCUGUUGGCUCUGCGGGCUUUUUUUCUUUUUUUACAUUAGCGUUAAAAGUAAAAUAGUGCUUAUGCCAUGUCUCCAGCAGAGCAAGAAAGAAAAAGGCAGCCCAGGAAGGCUAAGUGUUCCAUAGGGCCUGCCACUCAUUUCUGGCACCUGCCUGGCCCCUGCAGCAUUUGGGUGCAUGCCCUUGAUUUAAAUCGAUUAAUGUUUUCCCAGAAGGAGCCCCAAAAUGCUUUAUAGCCUAUAGAACAAAGAGCUGAGAAGUGAGAGGUCCCAAUUCAAUUAUCUUAAUAAUUAGAUAGCUCUUGAAGACAGAAGAAAGCUAUACAAAUACAGCAAGGAAAAGGGGGCAUCCAGUGACCAGUUCCAUAAUUCAGGAAAUGCAGGAGGUUUGAAGAGUUUGUAUGCAUUAUAAGGGACAAAGAGGGCUGGAGCUGAACUUGAACUGUGAGGAACAGAAGUGCCUAACCUGGAGUUAAAAAAGAAUAAGAAGAUUGCAACCCUAGGGGUAAACUGCAGACCUUUCAGAACUGCACAACCCCAGGAGCUAGGUCCCAAUACAUCCAAGCUUGAGUCUGUUCGAGAAUCUCCCUUUUUCAGCCUCUCCAACACUGUACUAGAUGAGGACAUCUGGCCUCUGGGUCUGUACAUACUGUCCCCUCUGCUAUGCUCUUUCCUCCUUGCCCUCUUUCACCUGGCCAACUCCUCAUCUCUCUGAUCUCAGAAACUCAUGCUGUCACCACCUCCACCAAGUCAAGACCAGGCCACUCUCAUGCGCUUCUGUAGUAGCCUAUAAUUACUCCAUCAUCGCACUUAUGUGACUUUGUAAAUACUUUUACGUUAUCAUCUCUCUCCUGCGCAAGACUGUGAGCUCCAUGGGAACAUGUUGAUUAUCAAUCUUUGUUACCACUAUAUCAUCAGCAACCACAGUGCGGGGAACUGUGGACGCUCAAUAGCCAAUGAUGGAUGGAGGCCGGGCGCGGUGGCUCAUGCCUGUAAUUCCAGCACUUUGGGAGGCUGAGGCGGGCAGAUCAUGAGGUCAAGAGAUCGAGACCAUCCUGGCCAACAUGGUGAAACCCCAUCUCUACUAAAAAUACAAAAAUUAGCCAGGUGUGGUGGUGCACGCCCAUACUCCCAGCUACUGCGGAGGCUAAGGCAGGAGAAUUGCUUGAAUCUGGGAGGUGGAGGUUGCAGUGAGCCGAGAUCGCGCCACUGCACUCCAGCUUGGAAACAGAGUGAGACUCCGUCCCACAACAACAACAACAACAAAAAAAAUAACAAAAAAAACAACGAUGGAUGGGUUUGUAAACCAAAACUAAAAUUCAAAGCUCCCCAACUGACUAAAUGGACCCCCUUCUCGGCCAAGGGGAGUCCAAAGAAACCUGAAAAACUAGUUCAGGCCACUCCAGGAAGGGGUAGGGGUCAGACAUGCCUCAUUAUACCCUCUCCCUUUUGGAGUCUGUAACCGCCCAAUGGGUUUACCUUGCCCAAUGCCUAGACAGAGCCGAUUUAUCAAGACAGGGGAAUCGCAAUAGAGAAAGAGUAAUUCACACAGAGCCAGCUGUAUGGGAGACUAGAGUUUUAUUAGUACUCAAAUCAGUCUCCCUAAGAAUCGGGGAUCAGAGUAUUUAAGGAUAAUUUGGUACGUACAGGCCAGUGAGUCAGGAGCGCUGAUUGGUCAGGUCAGAGAUGAAAUCAUAGGGAAUCAAAGGUGUCCUGUUGUGCUGAGUCAGUUCCUGCUGGGGGGUCCACAAGAUCAGAUGAGCCAGUUGAUUGGUCUGGGUGGUGCCAGCUGAUCCACUGAGUGCAGGGUCUGCAAAAUAUCUCAAGCCCUGAUGUUAGAUUUUACAAUAGUGAUGUUAUCCCUAGGAGCAAUUUGGGGAGGUUCAGAAUCUGGCCGCCUUCAGUUGCAUGACUCCUAAACCAUAAUUUCUAAUCUUGUGGCUAAUGUGUUGGUUCUGUAAAGGCAGUCUAGUCCCCAGGCAGGAAGGGGAUUUGUUUUGGGAAAGGGCUGUUAUCGUCCUUGUUUCAAAGUUAAACUAUGAACUAAGUUCCUCCCAAAGUUAGUUCCAGAAUAUGUUUCCUUGCUAUAUUUUGAAAUGGCCCUACAAAGCUUUCUUUUGUGGGGGAGAAUUUACAUCUGUAAAAAAAUCUUCUUUUUUUUUUUUUUUUGAGACAGAGUCUCACUUUGUAGCCCAGGCUGGAUUGCAGUGGCGCAAUCUCAGCUCACUGUAACCUCUGCCUCCCAGGUUCAAGCGAUUCUUCUGCCUCAGCCUCCUGAGUAGAUGGGACUACAGGUGCAUGCCACCACGCCUGGCUAAUUCUUUUUUCUUUUUUGUAUUUUUAGUAGAGGCGGGGUUUCACCCUGUUAGCCAGGAUGGUCUCGAUCUUCUGACCUCGUGAUCCACCUUCCUCAGCCUCCCAAAGUGCUGGGAUUACAGGCGUGAGCCACCUCGCCCGGCCCAAAAAUCUCUUUUAAUAUAAGUGGAUCUUUCCUUUUCCAGGCCCUGCAAAUCCCUGAAGAGAUUAACUGAGAGUCUAACACCUUUUAAAGGUCUGCAUAGGAAAUAUUUACAUCUAUAAUCUCUAAGCUACCUAUGAGAUUUGAUCUAUAUAACAAGAACCUUGGUCUCCACAACCCCUUAUCUUAACCCAGACACUCCUUUCUAUUGCUUCCAGGUCUUCAGAUAAUAACUUAACUCUCAACCAAUUGCCAAUCAGGAAAUUGUUGAAUCCACCUAUGACCUGCAAGCACCCUCUGCCCUUCAAGUUGUCACACCUUUCUGGACCAAACCAAUGUAUACCUCACAUGUAUACAUGUAUUGACUGACGUCUUAAUGUCUCCCUAAAACAUAAAAAACCAAGCUGUGGCCAGGCGUAAUGGCUCACGCCUGUAAUCCUAGCACUUUGGGAGGCCGAGGUGGGUGGACCACAAGUUCAGGAGACCGAGACCAUCCUGGCUAACACGGUGAAACCCCGUUUCUAUGAAAAACACACAAACACACACACACACACACACACACAAACUUAGCCAGGCGUGGUGGCGGUCCACUCCCAGCUACUCAGGAGGCUGAGGCAGGAGAAUGGCGUGAACCCGGGAGGCAGAGCUUGCAGUGAGCCAGUGAGCCGAGAUGGCGCCACUGCACUCCAGCCUGGGCAACAGAGCGAGACUCUGUCUCAAAAAAAAACAAAAAACAAAAAAACAAGCUGUAACCCAACCACCUUGGGCACAUAUUCUCAAGACCUUUUGAGACUGUGCCUUGGGGCCAUGUUCACUCAUAUUUGGCUCAGAAUAAAACUCUUUAAAUAUUUUAUGGAGUUUGCCUUUUUUCCUUGACAGGUUGAUGAGUAAGUGGGUGGAAGAACAGAGUGGGUGAACAGAGCAAACAUGAUAAAUGGAAGAAAGGACCUGAGAUUAAGGAACUGGAGAUUGUAAUCAGAAAGCAGGAUCCGAUAGUUGAAGAUACCUGAGAAAGAACAAUUUAAAAUGGCAAUAAAGUCCAAAGAACAGAUAUGAAUAUCAGCUGGGGUCCAGCCUCACAAACAAAACCUAGGUCCGGCAAUUCACAGAGAGAAUCUAAUGCAGGGAAUUUGUUGCAAAGGUGACACAAGGACUGAAAGAGCUACCAGGAAGAAUUAGAUGAACUCAAAAUUAAGAAAUGCAGAAAAGUUGCAUUUACCAUAACUACGUAUAGAGGAACAGAAGGAAAAAGGUGUUAACACAGAGCCGGAGCAGAGACUGAAACCACAGUGGUCUGUCCAGCAAGAGGCGGAGCCACAGAGGAAACCCAAUCACUGCUGGAGAUGGGGCCUGAAGGGAACGAGGGAGGGGAGAAAAGGAGGGCAGAAAUAGCUGCCUCCUCUCUGCCACCCACCUGCCAAUCUCCCACAGGCGCCUGUCAUUGGCUGAACCUCUCUUGAAACAAAUUGGCAAAGGAGUUUAGGAAACGUAAUUUGCAUGGAUCAGGUUUCCUUGAAAGAAACAGAUGAGGAGCAGAGAAUGGAUGUAACAGCAAAUAGGCAAACAAGCAACCCAAGAUGAGAAUGGCUUGCUGAAGCUUUAUGAGAAGAGAAAAGUGGAUUCUAGGAACUGUGAAAUGGCAUAUGCCAUCCCUGUGGAUACUGUAAUCACUAUUUGAUGCUCCAGAGGGGAAAGGGAGAGAGGACUGUGGCCAGAGCCAAGGAACUCAAUGAAUGUCAAUGUUUAGGAAUGACUGAAGGACAAGAGAUGAAAUGAAAGGAAAGAAGAGUGCCUGCGGCCAGUGGCCACCAGGGGUCGCCGCAGCACCGCGCGCUGGAGGGCGGAGCGGGCGGGAGACUCGGAGCAGCAUGUGGACUCUCGCACGCCGCGCAGUCGCCGGCCUCCUGGCGUCCCCCAGCCCGGCCCAGGCCCAGACCCUCAUCCGGGCCCCGCGGCCGGCAGAGCUGGCCCCACUCUGCGGCCGCCGAGGCCCGCGGACCGGCAUCGAUGCGACCUGCACGCCCCGCCACGCCAGUUCGAACCUCCGUGGCCUCAACCAGAUUUGGAAUGUCAAAAAGCAGAAUGUCUAUUUGAUGCAUUUGAGGAAAUCCGGAACUUUGGGCCACCCAGGCUCUCUAGAUGAGACCACCUAUGAAAGACUAGCAGAGGAAACGCUGGACUCUUUAGCAGAGUUUUUUGAAGACCUUGCAGACAAGCCAUACACGUUUGAGGACUAUGAUGUUUCCUUUGGGAGUGGCGUCUUAACUGUUAAACUGGGUGGAGAUCUAGGAACCUACGUGAUCAACAAGCAGACGCCAAACAAGCAAAUCUGGCUAUCUUCUCCAUCCAGGUAUGUAGUGGACCUAAGCGUUAUGACUGGACUGGGAAAAACUGGGUGUACUCCCACGACGGCGUGUCCCUCCAUGAGCUGCUGGCCACAGAGCUCACUAAAGCCUUAAAAACCAAACUGGACUUGUCUUCCUUGGCCUAUUCCGGAAAAGAUGCUUGAUGCCCAGCCCUGUUUUAAGGACAUUAAAAGCUAUCAGGCCAAGACCCCAGCUUCAUUAUGCAGCUAAGGUCUGUUUUUUUUGUUGUUGUUGUUUAUCUUUUUUCAUUCCUGCUUUUGAGGACAGUUGGGCUAUGUGUCACAGCUCUUUCUUGCCUCCUACCUUGCCCCCAAGUUCUGAUUUUUAAUUUCUAUGGAAGAUUUUUUGGAUUGUCUGAUUUCCUCCCUCACAUGAUAUCCCUUAUCUUUUAUAAUGUCUUAUGCCUAUACCUGAAUAUAACAACCUUUAAAAAAGCAAAACAAUAAGAAGGAAAAAUUCCAGGAGGAAAAAUGAAUUGUCUUCAGUCUUCAUUCUUUGAAGGAUUUACUGCAAGAAGUACAUGAGGAGCAGCUGGUCAACCUGCUCACUUUUUCUGUCUCCAAGUGAGACACGUUAAAGGGUAGCCUAUGAAUGUUUUCAGGCUUCUUUCAAAGUGUAAGCACUUCUGAGCUCUUUAGCCUUGAAGUGUCGAAAGCAACUCACAUGGGAAGACCAUUUCUUAUUUGUACUUUGUGACUGCCAAGGUGUGGCCUGCACUGGGUUGUCCAGGGAGACCUAGUGCAGUUUCUCCCACAUAUUCACAUAUGUGUCUGUGUGUAUAUAUGUUUUUUCAAUUUAAAGGUUAGUAUGGAAUCAGCUGCUACAAGAAUGCAAAAAAUCUUCCAAAGACAAGAAAAGAGGAAAAAAAGCCGUUUUCAUGAGCUGAGUGAUGUAGCGUAAUAAAAUCAUGGAGCUGAGGAGGUGCCUCGUAAACAUGAAGGGGCAGAUAAAGGAAAGAGAUACUCGUGUUUAUAAAGAGAACCCUGGUCCUAGACAUAGUUCAGCCACAAAGUAGUUGUCCCUUUGUGGACAAGUUUCCCAAAGUCCUUGGACCUCUGCCUCCCCAUCUGUUAAAUGAGAGGAUAGAGUAUGAUUGAUUCCUAGCAUUCAAUGGUCCUGUCAAGCAGCCUAACAGGCUAGUUCUAAUUCCUGUUGGGUAGAUGAGGGGAUGACAAAGAGCAGUUUUUUUGCUUUUUUUUUUUUUUUUUGAGACAGAGUCUCGCUCUGUCACCCAGGCUGGAGUACAGUGGCGCAGUCUCGGCUCACUGCAAGCUCCGCCUCCCGGGUUCACGCCAUUCUCCUGCCUCAGCCUCUCCAAGUAGCUGGGACUACAGGCGCCUGCCACCACGCCUGGCUAAUUUUUUGUAUUUUUAGUAGAGACGGGGUUUCACCGUGGUCUCGAUCUCCUGACCUCGUGAUCCGCCCACCUCGGCCUCCCAAAGUGCUGGGAUUACAAGCGUGAGCCACUGCGCCCGGCCUAAGAACAGUUUUUAAGCUAUAUAGAAAACAUUGUUAUUGGUGUUGCCCUAUCGUGAUUUCAGUUGAAUUCAUGUGAAAUAAUAGCCAUCCUUGACCGGGCGCGGUGGCUCACACCUGUAAUCCCAGCACUUUUGGAGGCCGAGGUGGGUGGAUCACCUCAGGUCAGGAGUUCAAGACCAGCCUGGCCAACAUGAUGAAACCCUGUCUCUACUAAAAAUGCAAACAUUAGCUGGGCAUGAUGGCAAGUGCCUGUAAUCCCAGCUACUCAGGAGGCUGAGGUGGGAGAAUCGCUUGAACCCAGAGGCGGAGGUAGCAGUGAGCCGAGAUCAUGCCGUUGCACUCCAGCCUGGGCGACUGAGCGAAACUCCAUCUCAAAAUAAUAAUAACAAUAAAAUAAUAGUAAUAGCCAUGCUUUAUUGUACCCUUACUGGGUUAAGCGUAUUAUACCACAUUACCUCAUUUUAAUUUUUACUGACCUGCACUUUAUACAAAGCAACAAGCCUCCAGGACAUUAAAAUUCAUGCAAAGUUAUGCUCAUGUUAUAUUAUUUUCUUACUUAAAGAAGGAUUUAUUAGUGGCUAGGCGUGGUGGCGUGGACCUGUAAUCCCAGGUACUCAGGAGGCUGAGACGGGAGAAUUGCUUGACCCUGGGAGGCAGAGGUUGCAGUGAGUUGAGAUCGUGCCUGAGCGACGAGCGAGACUCCAUCUCAAAAAAAAAAGAAGGGUUUAUUAGUGACAAGUUUGUAUUAAUAUGUAGCAAAGGCUUUUCCAAUGGGUGAAUAAAAACACAUUCCAUUAAGUCAAGCUGGGAGCUGACAUUGUGCCACGGCAAUCCAGCCAAGGUGACACAUUGAGAACUUGUUGAAAGAAAGGAAUAGAAUAGAAUAGCGUGGAAUGGAAUGGAAUGGAUUGGAAUGGAAUGGAAUUUAAUGGAACGGUGAAAUAAAAUAUGAGCUGACA